UCUUUAAUUUUCAACCAUCACAUUAUCUUUGACCAAUAUCACACCCCAUGUUCAUAAAGUUUCAAUUUUUCCUCACACACUAAAAUUUCAUAACACCCAAAUUCCAAAGUUCCAAACUUUCUAAGUGAAAAUGGCCAAACAACAAAAUCCACAACAUGGGUGUUUUUCUAGCUUCUUCAAAGUGCUUCUUUGUGCUAGAAAUGAAACUAGUCCACCAGUGUACCCAUCUGAAAAUGUUGAAGAGAAAAAAGAUGAUUUUUUUGAUGAUUCUAAUUCUAUAACCACUCCUAAUGUAGUGGCAAGGUUAAUGGGAUUAGAUUCACUUCCAAAAACCAAAAGUGUUGUCAAAGGAACAACCUUAGAUAGUGUUCCUAGGAGUAAAUCAGUUAACUUUGUUGAUUACUUGCUUGAGUUUGACCAAAACAUUGGUAACCAUAGAAGAGUGAAAACUUCAUCAUCUUUUAGAGAAGUCCCUUCACAAAAAAAUUACCUUUUUGUCCUUGAUAAUAUUGAUGAUAAAAAGGGUAAUAAAGUCCAAGAAGAAAAUGCUACUACUACUAAGUUGAAGAAAAAGAACAAGGAAAUUGUGAGAGUGAAGAAAGAGAAAAACAAGAGAGUUUAUAAGAUAAAAGAUGAGCCAAGAAAAGUUCCUUCUUCUAGGUAUAAAUCUAAGGUGAGAGAUUGUAGAAAAAGUGAAGUUUUUUCAAGUGUUUCUCCAAGGUGUAAUUGUGGUUAUUAUGGUUAUGGUGAUGUUGGUUCAAGUUCAAGUUCAUGUUCAGUUUCUCCAUUGCCAAAAAAUAGGAUUAAGAAAGGGUUUGUUGAACCAAAAAUGAGGAACAAGGUGAAGAGGAAUCAUGUGUCAAGAAAGAAGAUUCAGACAGAACAUGGUUUGGAAAAUCUUAGUCCUGUUUCUGUUCUUGAUGUUGAUGAUUAUGCUUUUCUUUAUGGAGCUGAUUAUUCAGGUACAAACACCUUGGCUUCAAAGUCAAAGAGGAAAUCUAAGUCUUUAUUGGAAGUGUCCUUGGAAGAAGAUGUUGAAGACAAGGCAAACAAAAGUAAAGGUUAUGCCUCCAACACUGACAUCAACAGAGAGGCAGAGGUUUACUCAGACUUGAUGUUGAAGAUUCGUAGUUUGACAGAUGAGAGUAUCAAGGAGUCAGAUUGCACAUAUAAGGUUGAAAGCUUUGAGGAAAUUUGUUUGGUUUUUGAAGAAACUAUUUUAGAUAGUUUGUUAUUUGAGGUCUUAAAUGAAGUUGUAUAAUUUUAAAUUAAAGUUUUAUAUUUUAAAUUAUGAUUCAAAAAUUUAAAAUAUAUUUUUUGAAUCAUUAGAUUUUGAUCGAAUGGCUACUGAUGUACCAAAUGCGUGCAUAGUGACUGUAAUAAAUAUGCAUUUAAUUUAAAAGGUGUCUUGAAGAGAGUUGUUCGAGGAAUAA